AUUUUUUUAGAGGGUAAAACAAGAAGAAUGGGAUUGAUAUUUCCGCAGGAAGUUUGGAAGUUAUGUAACAGAGCAGGUUGAGAUCCUACCUUUUAGGAGCAGCCUGCCCCUUUUGAAAGGGGUAAAGGGAGUGGGUGCAGUGCCCUCUCUUCUGUUGUAGUGGCUUAUCCCUCUAAGGCAUGACCCUUGGAUAGGGGUUACCUGCCUCGGAAAGUCCCCACUUCUUUGUGGGAGUUUAAAAUAGAUUGGCAUAUGUGAGAGAUGGAGACAAGGUGGGAAAUCGGAUCCUGUCUUAGGAUUUCUCAUCAGGAGAUGCUGAUACUUGGUGUUUCAGCUUGAUAAAUUGAGAAGGUGCCAUGAAACCAGGUCCUGGAACAGAAUCCCUGGUUGCUCUGUCUUUUAGCUGCUCUGACCCUCUGUCCUGCAGAGCAUGCAUUUUGCAUGUGCCUGGCAGGAGGCCCUCCUGCUUGAGCCCUGCUGUAUUUGUCUGGGUUGACAACGUGACUGCUCAGCCAUUAAGCUUGGUCAGUCCACAGGCACACUAGGAAAGCAGAGGCAGCUCUUGGUUUCUCUGGAACAGAGCUGCAAGAAGUCUCUGGGCAUCUGCAUGGCCAGGAGCUUAUGCUUAACUGUUGAGUGACCUGCAGCCAUAAGGGCAUUAAUUCUGCCUUCCAGAGGUGGGAAUGACUUGGCUUUAAACAGUGAUUUGUGUGAGAAUUCUUCAAAUCCCAUAAGGUAGAAGGCAUGGUGGAGUAGAGGAGAAAUCUUGGCUCAUAUCUGCCCCUUCCAUUGACCAGCUGUGUGACCUUGGGCCUGUUACUUUUAACCUACCUGACCCUCCAUUUCCUCAUUUAUCAGAAGUGUCUAACUGUACACAAGUUAAACUGUAAGGAUUACAUGAGGUAGUAGUCAAUCCUGGUGUUUCUCUUUAUCUUCUCACUUCUCACUGGUGUUGGAAAUAUGAUCUUGCGACCCUGGAUGGCAGCCACUCUGGGGCAGAAGAGACAGUGACCACCUUUUGAAGAGCUCAAAGGAGAAUACUACCCCACAGGGCUUAGUGGGUCCCCCAGGCUGAGGCUGGGGAGGAGGGCCACCUUUGCCUACAGCAAGUGGCAUAUCAUUGUUCUAGGGGUUCUCUUGACGGCAGAACUUUGCCUCUAGCUCAUUUUCCACAGCCUAGAUUUUCCAAUCUUGCCAAUCCAGUUGACUUCUGUCUUCUCAUUUCCAAGCCAUUGUUCUCUCUCUUUCACUAUCCACAUGGAUUAUCCUUCAUUCAAAUUGCUUUGUCCUGGCCGGGUGCGGUGGCUCAUGCCUGUAAUCCUAGCACUUUGGGAAGCCGAGGCGGGUGGAUCACGAGGUCAGGAGAUCGAGACCAUCCUGGCUAACAUGGUGAAACCCCGUCUCUACUAAAAUUAAAAAAAUUAGCCGGGCAUGGUGGCAGGCGCCUGUAGUCCCAGUUACUUGGGAGGCUGAGGCAGGAGAAUGGCAUGAACCUGGGAGGUGGAGCUUGCAGUGGGCGGGGAUCGUGCCACUGCACUCCAGCCUGGGCGACAGAGCAAGACUCCGUCUGAAAAAAAAAACAAAAAAACUGCUUUGUCCUGUAGGAAUCCUGUGCGGGUUAUGUGCACCUCCCUCAAUCCUUACCUUGAAGCUAAGGUUUCCCCUCAGCUCUCAAAUACUCAGUUUGCACUGCAGGUAGUCCCUAUUUUAACGAAAGUUAUACGGUCCAGCUCAGGGAAUCCUGAAAAGCUGCCCUUGCUUCCAUGGUAAUCAAAAGGCAGUUCUCAUGGAAUAAAAGCUACCUGAAGCCUGAGUUGGGACCUUUGGCUGGGGAGGGUGGUUGAGGAUGUUCUCUGAUUAGAUGCUUGGCAUGAGGUUUGCUACUGGAACUGCUAGUGUAGAAUGUUUCAGCCCCCUAGAGUUGUCCCUGUGAUGUGGCUACCUCCUUUCUCUGGGAUUUCUCUUAAAGUCUGGGGAGCCCCUGCUUCUCAUUUCCUGGAAUUUAUCUUCCCAGUCUCCCUUUCUGGCUGAAAAUUUCUAGUAUCUUACAGAAUAGCAGUGGGAUACACUGGAGCACAUCAUAUUACCACUAAGUAUGUCUAAUAAAUGAUGUCCUCUGAUUUGACAUUUCCUAAAUGUGAAGCCCCUGAUUUUAUACAGUUUUGAAAUUCGUAAGCUUGUUAGUUUUGUUUGAAAUUCUAGGCAUUGGAUACACUUAACAUGAGGGCUACAUGUGCAUCAACAUACUCUGGUUUCCUUCCCUCUGUAUCUUUUUUUUUUUUGAGAUGGAGUCUCACUGUCUCCUAGGCUGGAGUGCAGUGGUGUGAUCAUGGCUCACUGCAGCCCCAACCUUCCGGGCUCAGGUGAUCCUCCCACCUCAGCCACCCAAGUAGCUGGGACCACAGGUGCAUGCCACCAUGCCUGGCUAACUUAUUUUUAUAUAUUGUAGAGAUGGAAUCUCCCUAUGUUGCCUAGGCUGACCUUGAGCUCUUGGGCUCAGGUGAUCCUCCCACCUUGGCCUCCCAAAGUGUUGGGAUUAUAGGCGUGAGCCACUGUGUCCAGCCUUUUCCUCUGUAUCUUGUGUCCAUUCCCCAGAGCGAUACUGUGUAUCCUUGAACAGACGGUUUCUUGAAGUCAGAGUCUAUCUCCUCUGUCACUUCUCCCCCUUCAUUAUCUAAGACUGAGGUUGUGGUUUAUAUGCUUAGAGUUGAAAGCAUGGGGUCCAACGUGUUCUGUACUCUGUAGUUCCCCAGACUCUCCAGGGAAACUACUUAGCUCUCAGGUGGUUCUUUUCUGUUUUUCUCAGAGCGAGUUAUCUAAUAACUGAAGAGGACUCUGCCCUUUGGCCUGUUCCUGACUUUCUAACUCCUUUUGCUGGAGGAAGGGGAGGUUGCGGGGGGGUGCCCUGUGGUGUGAAAGCCCCACUUGCCCUCUCCUCUAUACUUUCUUCAAAUGCAGACGGGAGAAAGUAUCAUAAAUGUAGUGACUGUGGGUCAGGGGAGCUCUGAGAGGCCAGCACAGGAAACCAGAAACAAAAUGAGUCAGUUGGUAGGUGGCGAUCAGAGGCACCCUGCUGAGGGUGCAAGGCCAAAGGUGAUGCCUCCUCAGUAGGCCCAGGAGCAUCAAAACGGGAACAGUCCCUUUCAGCCUUCAGGAGCCUCCCAAAUAUCACUUAAUGAUGUCCCAUUCACCUGCUUAAAGGCCCUGCAUCCUGCCAGGUAGUUGGUUUGUCCAUAGCAUCCUGAGCUCUGCUUGGGUGAGCCAGACAAAAAGAAUGAUUCCUGGCCAGAGUAGUGAUACCAGGGCCCAGACAGAGGCAGAGAGUCCGGAUAGAAGAUCCUGUAAGCUGGGGUAGGGAGCUGAGGAGGCCAUGGAGCCAGGGGAAUCAUUGAAGUGAGGGACAAUUUCUGGAGGAGGGAAACUGAGUAAGGAAGGCCUGGCCAAGGACCGAGAAGGGGACAGUAUCCUGAUCUAUGAAAGAAGACUCAAGUGGGGGUUGACAGAGCCAGAUUGGGUGGAGUCCAAGCUUUGGGCAGGUGAAUGUCCAGGAGAUGAGGACUGAGAAUGGGCCUUCAGAGCCCAGCCAGAAGGGGAAAGCACAAAGCUCCACCCUCCUUCACAUCCCUCCAUGCUGCUCAAAUCCCAGGUCUUCAGGCACCAUGGAGGACAAACGCAACAUCCAGAUCAUCGAGUGGGAACACCUGGACAAGAAGAAGUUCUACGUGUUUGGUGUGGCAAUGACAAUGAUGAUCCGUGUCAGUGUCUACCCAUUCACCCUCAUCCGCACCCGGUUGCAAGUUCAGAAGGGGAAGAGCCUCUACCAUGGGACCUUCGAUGCCUUCAUCAAGAUCCUGCGAGCAGAUGGUAUCACUGGCCUCUACCGAGGGUUCCUGGUCAAUACCUUCACCCUCAUCUCUGGCCAGUGUUAUGUCACCACUUAUGAGCUCACCCGGAAGUUUGUAGCUGACUACAGCCAGAGUAACACAGUCAAAUCACUGGUGGCUGGUGGCUCAGCCUCCCUUGUGGCCCAGAGCAUCACAGUGCCCAUUGAUGUAGUCUCCCAGCACCUGAUGAUGCAACGCAAGGGUGAGAAAAUGGGCCGCUUUCAGGUGCGGGGGAACCCAGAGGGACAAGGGGUAGUUGCCUUUGGCCAAACCAAGGACAUCAUCAGGCAGAUCCUGCAGGCUGAUGGACUUCGCGGCUUCUAUCGAGGCUAUGUGGCUUCACUGCUUACCUAUAUCCCAAACAGUGCUGUCUGGUGGCCCUUCUAUCACUUCUACGCAGCCAUUGUCUUUCCCUGGAUUCCAGAGCAGCUCUCCUACCUGUGUCCUAAGGAGUGCCCUCACAUUGUCUUUCAAGCUGUCUCGGGGCCCCUGGCUGCAGCCACUGCCUCCAUCCUCACCAAUCCCAUGGAUGUCAUACGAACCCGUGUGCAGGUUGAGGGCAAGAACUCCAUCAUCCUGACCUUCAGACAGCUGAUGGCAGAAGAAGGGCCUUGGGGCCUCAUGAAGGGCCUCUCGGCCAGAAUCAUCUCAGCCACACCUUCCACCAUUGUCAUUGUGGUGGGCUAUGAGAGCCUCAAGAAACUCAGCCUCCGACCUGAGCUGGUGGACUCGAGACACUGGUAACCAGUGGUGGGGAGAGAAGCCUGCUGUUUUCCACACUACCGUGGGUCAGGGGCAGAGUGGAGAGGACAGCACCCUCUCCAGAUGCUCCCACCACACACCCAGCCCUGCCCUGGGCCAAGUGGCCUAUCUGGGAUAGGGAUAGAGACUUUGAACUGCUCUUGCUGAAGAGGCUCCACGCCUGGAUCCCUUGCCCCCACUAUUUAAAAUUCUCUUCUGAGCUGGGCUCCCUCACUCAGUCCCUGUAUUUGAUACUGGCCUAAAGACCCCACCCCCCACCCUGCCAGCCCUUCUUCUGGCUUCCCCUUCCAUCUGUGUCCCUGAGACCCUGAGAAGAGCUGUACAUAGAGCUUGCUUACUACCACUGGUUCUUCCUCUUGGGCUUUCAGCCCAGACUCCAAGCAGCUGCUAUCAACCCUCUCUCCCUUCAUCUCUUAGCCUUGCUUAUUUUUAUUUUGGGACCGAGCUGCCCACUAGAUGACUCUGCUUUUCCCUGCAUUUGGGGCUAAGGUGCCAGGUACUUAUUUGCACAGGGAGCAGGAGCAGCAAAAAAUCUCUGGUUCUCCAGAGCACUCGUCCUCUCUUUGGAGGGGUUAUUAGGUUGGGGAGAAAUGUUGAUACUUUUGUUUUUUGUGUGUGUGUGUGUGUGUUUUAACAUCUGUGAACCAGGCUAUUAGUCCUGCUAAAGCGCCAAUCCUGCUGUCAGAGCUUACCCGCUUCCUAAGACAGGUAGAAAAAUGUAAUGUAGCUUUUUCCACAAUCCAGUUCCCUGUCCCUUCAGUCUCAGGAGCCCUAGGAGAGUCUAAGCUGGGGCAUCCCCUGGCCCAGAGGACUCCCGUGGUGGGCACAGUUCUAAGUGGAUCAGGCUGUCUUGGGUGCACUGGACUUGGAGCACUACCUUGAGAAGUCAGGUUGAGAAAGUAGUUGAUCUAGAAGGCAACAAGUGGGCAUGUGUUCCCCAGCACAUUACCCAGGCCAGCAGAGCCAAACCUAGGAGAGGGCAGUGGGGAGAUUCUCUGCCCCAGGCAGCCAUGACAUACACAUAAAUACCCCAAUCACUCAGACUUACGGCAACAAGUGUUGUCUCACUAUGGUGAUCUCUAAGAUCCACAUCACUGGAUGCGUAGUCAUCCCAGUCAUGGUACCCUGUGGAGGAAUGCUGGAAGAACAUAAAGAGCAGUUCAGAAAGUCACCCAAUACCAGGACCACUGCAUUUACCAGCCUGAUACUGCCAAGAUUAUCUGAUGCUCUCCUCAGGAGCUAGGAGAGGAGUGCUCCUUCCUCCCUACCGCUACUCUCCCCAAGCCUGUGUUGCAGGUAGAGAGGUGCAGCAAAUAGAGAAGGCAUGUCAAACCCUGCAUUUCUACCUGAGACGUGUGACCUGGAUGAUCCUCCAAACCCUAUUGGUCCCACCCCCUGGGAAAGGCCAUGGUGCCAAUUUGAAAGGUGCUAGCUACCUGAAGCCUUGAUAUUUCUUCAUGGCUGCCGCACAUUCUUCCACCUUGGCCAGAACAGGUUCUGAAAACCGCUUCUCUACCUUCACCACCACCACUGCCCAUCUUGAUCUCUUUGAGGGUUUUCCCAUUUCACUUGAUCUUAUUUUUGUUUAUCCCUUCCUGCACUUUGUCCAGAGAGUCCUCCAGUUUCUAUCCAGGAAUGUUCACAUCCAAAGGGUUGGACCCACCGAUCAUUCUGAAUCUUCCUGCCCCUCCUCACUGCUUUACCCUGAGAACCACAAAUACAAUGGAAGCAGUUCCCCCCACCCUCACCCCAUCUCUUUAAGCUCAUCCUAGCAAGACCUCUAGAGACCCUAGAGACUCGACUUUAGUCCUUCCCCGCCAUGGCACAGUGGGGAAGGUGUCAAUGGGGAGUGUCACGGACAGGAGGUAGGAUCCUGCCGCUCGCGUCUUAGUGUUUCUCCCCCAAGACUUUCCUUCUGUUUUGUUGUCUUGUGCAGUAUUUUACAGCCCCUCUUGUGUUUUUCUUUAUUUCUCGUACACACACGCAGUUUUAAGGGUGAUGUGUGUAUAAUUAAAGGGACCCUUGGCCCAUACUUUCCUAAUUCUUUAGGGACUGGGAUUGGGUUUGACUGAAAUAUGUUUUGGUGGGGAUGGGACAGUGGACUUCCAUUCUCCCUAAACUGGAGUUUUGGUCGGUAAUCAAAACUAAAAGAAACCUCUGGGAGACUGGAAACCUGAUUGGAGCACUGAGGAACAAGGGAAUGAAAAGGCAGACUCUCUGAACGUUUGAUGAAAUGGACUCUUGUGAAAAUUAACAGUGAAUAUUCACUGUUGCACUGUACGAAGUCUCUGAAAUGUAAUUAAAAGUUUUUAUUGAGCCCCCGA